AUGGUUUCCUACGAGUUGACCGUCUACACUGGCAAAGAAGCCAGUGCCAUAACCGUGAACAGCAUCUACAUAAAGCUGGUGGGCACAAAAGGCGAGAGUGACCGCAAAUGGCUGAACAUUUCGCCCGUCUUCUGGGGAUCAGUAACGUCCCUGACUGUGGACUGUGAACUUACCCUGGGACAGCUGAUUCUGAUCGAAGUAGACAAAAGAACAUGGUUCCUGAGUGACGCUUGGUUCCCUGAAAAGGUGGAAAUCAAAACACCCGAGGGCGACGUCUACACUUUCCCCGUCUACUGCUGGAUCAGUGACAGCGAGACUCACCGCCUCAGAGAGGGGAAAGCUCUGAGGAUCUAUGAGGAAGAAAACCCUCUUGGUCUGUACGCACGGAAGAUGGAGCUCAUCCAGCGGCGUGAGGAAUUUAGUUGGGACGAGUAUGACUCACGCUUGCCAUACAACAUUGAAGCAGAUGGUGUUGGUGGCCUGCUGCCUAAGGACAGGUUCUCCUGGACUAAAACUAUACAGUUUUACAUGACAGCGAUCUAUGGGAAAAUUGGGAAUUGUCUGAAAAAGCUGACAGAAAACCGCAACAAUUGGAAGAAUCUCGACGAAAUCCACAAUGUGUUGAGUUGCAGAACCUCAAACCUAUAUGAUUACGUCCAGCAACACUGGAAGGAAGAUGAUUUCUUCGGAUACCAAUAUUUAAACGGCAUCAAUCCCAUCCUGAUCCGACGUUGCAAAACUCUGCCGCCAAACUUCCCUGUGACCGAUGACAUGGUCUCCUUUCCUGAGGGGUUAAAGCUGUCUAAUGAGUUGGAGCAAGGAAACAUUUACCUGUGUGACUACAAGAACCUGGACGGACUGCCAGCAAACACGGUUUUAGGAAAGCAGCAGUACUUAACGGCGCCCCUGGUUCUGUUUCACAAGAGACCAGAUGACAAGCUGAUGCCUAUCGCCAUUCAGCUGAAGCAGACCCCAGGUGAAGACAACCCCAUCUUCCUCCCGACUGACUCCAACCAUGAUUGGCUGACAGCAAAAAUAUUUGUGAGAAACGCUGACUUCACAGAGCACCAGUUCAACACGCACUUUUUGCGCACGCACCUGCUGGCCGAGGCCUUUGCAGUGUCAUUGCAGCGCAACCUACCUAUGGUGCAUCCCCUCUACAAGCUCCUCAUACCCCACACUCGCUACACCCUGGAGAUCAACAAAUUAGGUCGAGGAGGGCUGAUUGGCCCCACGGGAAUCAUUACCUUGGAUGCAGGUUCUGGGGGAAAGGCUAUAAUCAAGUUCAUGGAGAGAUCGAUGUCCGACAUCACCUACACUUCCCUUUGUAUCCCAGAUGACAUCAAUGAGCGCGACAUGCAUGAUGUCCCCAACUACUACUACAGGGAUGAUGGGCUCAGGAUCUGGAACACCAUGUACAAGUUUGUUCAAGGAGUGCUCGAGUACUACUACAAAAGUGACGACGACGUCCUGAGAGACUCAGAACUGCAGACUUAUAUCGGGGACAUUUUUAAAAAGGCCUUCCUUUCGCGUAAAGAAAGAGGAUUCCCUCAGAGUUUCUCCACUGUGACUGAGAUGGUUAAGUUCGUCACAAUGGUGAUGUUCACUUGUUCCUGCCAGCAUGCGGCUGUAAACAACGGAAUGUUUGACUACGCCGGCUGGAUGCCCAACUACCCCUCGACUAUGCAGUGUCCUCCCCCGACGGAAAAGGGGAUAACAUCGGAGGCCACCAUUUUGGCGACAUUACCUCCUGUCUGUAUAACUGCUCAGAUCAACAAUAUAGUUUGGCUGCUCAGCAGGCCGCAGUCAGACUUUGUUACCCUGGGACACUACCCAGAGGAACAGUUCACUGAAGAGACCCCCCGCCAGCUGCAGAGGAAGUUCAAAGCGGAGCUCGAGGUGCUGACUCCAACCUUCAAGAAGAGGAACAUGGAUAUUGAAAUCCCUUACACUUACCUGUUACCAAACAGUAUGGAGAACAGCAUCACCAUCUAAAACCAUUCUACUAAUGUUGUAGAAUAGGUUACAUGGUAUAUAUUCAAAACACAACAAGUGGCCUAUUUCUGUUUUUAGCUUACAUUAUGCAAUAAUCUUUGCCUUUUCUAUGACUGCAAUGCUAAAAACAGGUACUGCAGCAGAACCUCCAAAUGGAAGAAAGAAAAUAUACGAGUCAAAUAAAAAAGUACUUACCCUUUAAAGGAAGCGUGUGCUAACUACGGCCCGCGGGCCACAUCCGGCCCGUUGGUCAUUUUAAUCCGGCCAGCCAAAUAUUUAAACAGAAUUGAGAAAAAAAAAAACACUUACCUUUCACUAUUUGAGUAGCUUUUGUUCUGCCAUUUGAGUACUGGCGAGCGAUCUCUGAAUCCGGGAACAUAUCCUUCACGGAUUUGUUGAAAAGGUGGCCCAUAAUACUGCGUUGCCGCCGCCUUGUGUUUCUCUGACCGUUCAUGAGUGACUAUAUCCAUUCGGCCACCGUAUUAUGGGUUAUAGAUAAACCUAUGGAUAACGGAGACAUAUAUAAUAGUCUCCUUUUCAGGUGAGAGAGGACGCUAAAGGCAGUGCCUUUAAGGCACGCCCCCAAUAUUGUUUGUCCCGCUGGAAAUUUUGGAUAUUACA